CUCCAAGAAACCAAAUUGUGACAUCUCCAACGGUGUGAGUAAGGGAAAAGUAUUGGCCCCAAAAGAUCCCUCGUACUCGACAAUGAUGCACUGCCGGCAAGGAGUAGCAGCAAUAAUCUCCUUGUGCUUCGUCCUUUUAAUAGCACUGGACUCAUGUUGCAUCGUUGCUGGCACUUGGAGUAGUGGUGGUCGCAACGAUGAAAAUACGAAACAUGUGCGACAACAUCACCCAUCCCAUCGGAAGAAGCCCCCACCAAAUCGAAGAUUGCGAAAAGGAACACUGUACAAGAAUGGCGUUGGUGUUGAUGCACGGGAAUGGGAGGGUGGAAAUGGAGAAUCAGCAACAGUAGCAAACAAGGCCAACAACAACAAACAAGGACGGGGGGGCUCUGCAUUGAAUGCGGCAAGAUAUGCCGAACCAGCCAUCAACACACAGGCGGUCGAUACACCCUAUAUAGUUGAAACGCCCAUUUCAGGAGCAGAAUUAGAUCAGAAUAACCCUGAUAUGACUUGGGGAACUCAAUGGGUACGUGAUGCGGAACCAGCGGAUCAAAUCGACGACAAUGGUGCUAGAACCGCUCCGGCGAAGAAGGUCAUGUUCUGGGGUCAAAACCGAAAUGCUGAUGUUGAAAAGAGGCAUUUUGGCCCCCAUCAUGCCGGUACAGGGCCAUAUCGUGGUGAACGUGCCACAGAUCGAAAAGGCCGUGGGCGUCGUUCACGCGGAAGUGAUAUGGGCAAACGAAAAGGUCAAGGCCGAGGAAAAAUGGAUUCAGGUGGUGGCGGCAAUGACGAUUAUUAUGUUGUUGAUGGUGGAGGCUACGAUGAAUAUGCUGAUGAUGAUGGUGGUGGUGGUGGAGGAGGAGGAGGGCGAAAAAGAAUGGUAAUGAGUAGUUCUGGCAGUUCUUCUGGAAAACGAAAAGGUGAUUCUGGAGGAACCAAGGAUGGACGUGGUUACGAAAAAAGGAAGUCCGGAAGCAAUUCUGGGAAGAGAAAGUCUGGUAGUGGUGGGGGUAUGAGGAGAAAGGGAGGUUCAAGGCAACUGGGGGAUCGGUACAGUCAGGCAAGAAGGGAGCAAAAAGGAGGCGGCGUCGUAUUCAAGAACAAGGAUGGAAACAAUGGCAGAGACGAACUUGUUUCAGAUGAAGAACAGGAAUAUGAAUUGCCUGCUGCACCCAAUGCAGUCGAGCAAGCUUCCGCUUCUACUGAAGAAAACGACAAUGCAUACAUAUCGUCAAACACAAUGAUGCAAGAGAAUUCGGACCCUGGGCAUCAAUUGCCUGCUUCUCCCAAUGCAGUUGAGCAGGCUUCCGUUUCCAUCGAAGAAAUUGACAAUGCAUACAUUUCCUCAAAUACAAUACCGGAGCUGGACCAGCCAGCACCCAAGGGAAGCUUUGACAAUGCCGACGGCGUCACGUCCUCAAACGCAAAGCUGGAGCAGCAACAACAGCAACAUCCAUCCCCAAAUGCAGUAGAGCAAGGGACCACGGAAGAAUUUGAAAACACAGAGGAUAUCGCACUAUCCUCAAACACCAAGUGGGAGGAAGAUUUCUUGGCCCAGCCUGAGGGCAAUGUGUGGAAUCAAGAGAAUGACGAACCAAUAAACUGGAACAAAAGGUUGGGCGGCAAACAAGCCAAGACAGCAGCCGAAGCAUAUCGUGAGGCGAACAAUGUUGGUCGGGCGAAGAACGAAAAGGAACCCAACGUUGAUGGUGAAAUCGAGAAGCAAGAGAAGAAAGGAAGAGAAGAGAAAGCGGGGAAACAGGUUGAAGAACAGAUACCCGACGACGGAGCCGGCAAAGGAAGGCCAGGUGAGGAGCCACUGAAUUCUGAAGCUGAGGCACAGGCGGGUUCUCCGGGGGGAAAUAAAGGCGAGGUCGGAGCGGCUGUUGGUAAUCCUUAUCCAGGAGAAGCUUAUUAUGAGCAUCAAGACGAAUUGGCUGCUCAAGAACAUGCAGGUGAAGACUUUGGCAUCCUUGCUCCUGAUGAGAAAACAGGAGAAGCUCCAGACGAGCCUCAAUCAUCUUCUGCGGACAUCGAUGCCAAUGCGGUCGCUCAUGCCUUACCCCUUGCUGGUUAUGACCUUCCAUCUUCGAAUCCAACCACAGACAGUCCAAGUAACAGUCCCAGCACCUGGCAGGCAGCUAGGACUUUCAACCCAACCGAAAAUAUACCUACCUCUUCUGCUCCAAGUUCGGCGCCGAGCGGCAGCCCGAGCCAAACCCUAAGUCCAAGUCUUAGCCCUUCACAACCUAGUCAAUCCGGAGAAGAUAGCACGACCAACUUGGGGGGAGUCACCGUCGUUGGUUGGGAUAGCAACAACAAUGGUAACAACAGUGGCAAUGAAGUCGGAAAAGAUGACAGCAACACAGUCGACAAUGCGGUACCUGAGGAUGAAGCUGGAGAAGAUAUCAACCUGCUUGGGGGCGUAACUGUAGUUGGUUGGGGCAGCAUCGCUGGUGAUGGUGUUGGUAUUGACAGUGGCAGCACCACUACGGAAACUCCCACAUCUGCCAGUCCGACUACGGAAGCCCCUACAUCUGCCAGUCCCAGUACAGCCAAUCCUACCACUCCAACUCCAAGCACGACAAGCCCUUCCUCCUUUGCUCCCACAGGAGUCCAGAAUGGAGGUGAUAGCUCAGGGAUCAACAAAUCUCUCAGAGUGAAAGAUGACCCCACAGAGUUAUCCAGAGAUCAUGUCAAAGAUGAUUUUGCUGGGAAUGAGCAGACAGACGAUUUCUGGUGGGAUGGAGAAGAGCAGAAUGCGGCAAUAGCAUCAAUACCCACACAGAAUCCAGGAGCACCGCCCAACUCAACAGAAGACAGGAGCGACUGUCGCAUUUGCUCCAGUGGAAACAAACCGUUGAACCCAAACAGAGUGAUUAUGCAUACCAAACAAACUUGCCAAGAACUGGCUGAAGAGCUUGACUUGGCCCCUGUAGCAUCUUGCACCGCAAAGAAGACAAUCCUUCCGAUUGACGUGGAGGCAUAUUGCGGUUGCGAGGGUGUCACAAUGACGAGCUGGUGCACAUUCUGUCCGCAAGGAACCAGCAACAUAUAUCGCGAUGUCACCAUACCUUCGCUCAAUAUGAUGUCCUGUGGGGACGUUGAAUUGCAUUCUUCCUUCAUCACCGUUCCCGGGGUUUGUGAGAGUUUGGGGCAUCUUUCAAGUCUCUGCUGCGGAACCUUGGAUACGUACUGGCGCCCACCACUAGAACAGAAACAGAAAUAG